AUGGAAAAUAUUUCAGUUUCAUUGGAGCAGCCGGCGUUAGAAGACGAAAAUAAAAACGAAGCAAAGAGAAAAAAAAAAACUGAAAUAGAAAAUUCAAAUACAAAAACAAAAACACACACACACACACACAGAUACACACGCGUAUAGAAAUAAUAAAAACAAAACACCCUCACUUUUUCUGUUUUUUUCGGUGGCCAGAGGCAUAAUAACGGUAGCCAGAACAACAAUAACAACAACAACACAAUUAAGAUAUAAAGUAAAGAGAGAUGAAAGAUUAGAAUCGAAGCAAAAAAAAAAAACAAAUGAAAUGAAAUAAAAUAGAAUAAAACAAUAAUAACAACAAUACUUGACAUAAAAAGAAGAAGAAGAAAAAUCAUCAUCAUCACCAUCGGAGCAUUGUCGUUGUUGUCACUUUUGUCGUCGUCGCAGUCGUGGUACGUUGCCGUGUUGCCUUCUUCUCCUCAUUGUUGUUGUUAUCGUCGUCCCAAAAGAUAAAAUAUCCAAACAACACCAACAAAUAAUUGUCUCUAAAUGAUUUAAAAGCCAACGGAGAUAGAAAAAAAAAAAAAAAACAAACAACAAAAAUAACUUUAAUAAAAAAUAAGAAACAUAUUUAAAGAAAAAACGAAAACAACAACAACAAAUAUUUUAAAAAUAAACAAUAUAAAAAAUGCGAUGUGAAAUGUGUUUGGAAAAAGGAAAAUUGUGAAAAAGUGUUACCACAAAAUUACGUUUAAAAAAAAAAACACAAAUAUUGAAAAAAAGAAGAUACCUGAAAUUAUGUAUUAAAAAAAAAAACAACAACAACAAAUACGAACCCUUGGAAUCUCCAUCCCCUCGCUUUGCCAUCCAAUCAUCUAUUUUGAUAACAGCAGUUAUCUCCAGAAUAGCGAAACACCAGCAGCAGACCUCUGCAUCAACAAAAAAAUAGCAACAACAACAUAACAACACCAUAGCCAAACAUUGGUGUUUUGCCUUUGGCCUUCUUUUGGUUCUUUGUGGUAUCUGGUGGUGUGGUGUUUUAGAGGCUGCAGCAGUGUCUUUACCUACCUCCCGCCAAACUGUCAAUCUCCCCUCUCCCCACAUUUUCCAUUGCAUGGUUCCCCUGUCUGUCUCUGAGUGUUUUCUAUGUGUGCGUGGGUAAUUUCAUUAAAUGUAAACCAUUUAAGUGAAAAACUAAUUAUCAAAGUGCAAAGAGGCUAUUGAAAACUUGCAGCAAAGUUUUCCCAAAUCAAAAUUGUUUUCGAAACGGAGAUAAGGAGAUAAACAAAAAAGUCACCAUGUCCUCUGCUGCACAUAAAUGGGACAAAUUGUCACCACGGGAAUUUUUACAACUUCAAGAAUUGGCUUCAUAUUCAACACGUAAACUACAGGAUGUGUUACAAGAGUUCUGUUCGCCGCUUGCCUCACCUAAAUUUAAUCCGGAUGGUGACAUUGAUUACGAUGGAUUUCGGCGAUUUCUGGAUGCCUUCCUCGAUUGUGAAACCCCCACAGAAUUGGCCCAGCAUUUGUUUGUGUCGUUCCUUAAGGCCAACGUUAACAACAUCCAUUUGCAGGGCAAGACACUCAAUCAGAUGGCGGCCAUUAGCAGUACGGCGGCCUGUGCUCCCGUUACGGCCCACACAAAAGGCUCCAUACCCAAUAUAAAUAGCAUCGUUGAAAUCGGAACCUCAGCAACACCACCGGCAACAGAAACACGCACCAGUUUCGUGGAUAAAUUACACCAUGGCAUUACCGAUAAACUCCAUUCAUUAAGUGGUCAUUUAACACAUGACGCCAGUAAGACAGGCAGUGUACAUCCAAUGGUUACUGUUACACCAAGUCCCAUGGCAGCAUUUCAAAAUACCACAACAACGACAGCCUUGAUGAGUUCUGGUGGCGGUGGUGUUGGAGCAGCACCAACUCCGACACCAAUGGCAGGCCAUGGCAACUCACAUAGCAGCGGUAACAUGACAACGGGUAAUUUUGUUGUCGGCACAGGCCCCGGAAGUGGCCGUGGACCCAUAAUGAUACCCAGUGGAGGCGGUGGUGGCGGAGGUGGUGUUGCUGUUGGCGGGAGACAUUCCACCGAUUCGAGUCCUUCACAUUCACAGGCUGCUGCCGCUGCCAAUCAUUCGCAAAUGUCACGCAACUCUUCGAAAAAAAGUAACAAUUCGGUCAAUUGCAAAAUUGAGGCUGAUAUUAAAUUAUUGUCACGCAAAUUGUCACACUUUGACCCGUUGACGUUGAAAGUGCCACUCAAGGACGUUGUGUGCUACUUAUCGCUAUUGGAAGCUGGACGACCGGAGGAUAAAUUGGAAUUUAUGUUCCGCCUAUAUGACACGGAUGGAAAUGGUGUUUUGGACACAGCCGAAAUGGAUGCAAUUGUGAAUCAAAUGAUGGCUGUUGCUGAAUACCUUGGCUGGGAUGUUAGCGAGCUAAGACCGAUUUUGCAAGAUAUGAUGAUAGAAAUUGACUAUGAUGCCGAUGGCACCGUCUCCCUGGAAGAGUGGCAACGUGGCGGCAUGACAACGAUACCUUUAUUGGUGCUAUUAGGAGUCGAUAGCACCGCUCUAAAGGAGGAUGGCAACCACGUUUGGCGUUUGAAGCAUUUCAAGAAGCCUGCCUAUUGUAAUCUCUGCCUUAAUAUGUUGGUUGGCUUGGGCAAAAAGGGUCUCUGCUGUGUAUUAUGCAAGUACACCGUUCACGAGCGUUGCGUACAACGUGCCCCGGCCUCUUGUAUAACAACAUAUGUCAAAUCGAAAAAGGUCAAGGGUGGUGGCGAUCUCCUGCAUCACUGGGUCGAAGGCAAUUGCUAUGGGCACUGUUCGAAGUGCCGUAAACGCAUCAAGGCAUAUCACGGCAUCACCGGUCUCACGUGUCGAUGGUGUCACAUGAUGUUACACAAUCGCUGUGCCUCCUCCGUGAAAAAGGAAUGUUCGCUGGGCGAGUACGCCGAAUUGAUAAUACCACCCACUUCCAUAUGCCCGGCCGUAUUGGAUCGUCAACGUUCCGUUAAUCAAGCAAACAAGCAGAAAUCUUCUACGUCUCUACUAAAUAACGCCCAACAACAACAACAACAGGCAACACACUUCCAACUGACACCACCCAACGAAGGCAGCUGUCCCCUGUUGGUUUUCGUUAAUCCCAAAAGUGGCGGACGUCAAGGUGAUCGUAUCCUGCGCAAAUUCCAAUACAUGUUAAAUCCACGUCAGGUCUAUGAUUUAUCAAAAGGUGGACCCAAGGAAGGAUUAACACUGUUUAAGGACUUGCCUAAUUUUAAGGUAAUUUGUUGCGGUGGUGACGGCACUGUCGGCUGGGUCCUCGAAGCCAUGGAUUCCAUUGAAUUUGCCUCACAGCCGGCCAUUGGUGUUAUCCCCCUGGGGACUGGCAACGAUUUGGCUCGUUGCCUGCGUUGGGGUGGCGGCUAUGAGGGUGAGAACAUACCCAAGCUGAUGGACAAAAUCCGUCGUGCCAGCUUAGUUAUGCUGGAUCGCUGGAGCAUUGAAGUGACCAAUAACCCCAUCUGCGAGGAAAUACCAAAACCAAAGGUGACACUGCACUCCAACAUGCAGAAGGUAUUCGAAUUGUCUCAAAGUGUGGUCGUCGAAAAAUCCUUUAUUGAGAAAUGUGAAGAAAUUCAACGCAGCGGCAGCUGCAGCACCAAUCUCUACCAUCACACACAGACCACGGCCAAUGAAAGUCCUCCACAGGCCUGCGGCAGUCAGGGAGAGGAGGAAGGCAAUAGAAGUUACGACAUGGAUGUGGACGUGGACGAUGGUGCCGCAACGACAUGCAAGACAACCAAGAGCAUAUCAAUGUCGACAUUUGAGACGAAGCGUUUGGCCUACAGUAGCCGGCAGGAAACAAUGAUCAGCUAUUGUAGUAGUCCCACCACGUCCUGCAGCAGCACCGCAUCGACCAUACAACGACAGCAGCACCAACAACAGCAAUGUGCCAAGACGAUAUCCACAUCAUUGCCACAUGACCAAGGCAAUCUGUCGGCAGCCAGCAAUGAUGCGGGGAUGGAAGGAGAGGACGCGGCUGAUACUGGCAAUGGUCUCGACAAUGGCCCACACGAUCAUAACGACUAUGUCGGCGACCACAAAUCAAUGAACAUAAACGGCAAUUUGUCUGCAACCAACAACAACACCAACUCUCCACUCAUGGCCAAAGAACAUCUACAAGCCCAGCUGACGCCAACGAAUGUGGUCAACCCAGCCACCUCCACUUCCAAUGGAGGCAUUCGUAAUGAAGCAUUUGUAAUUAGUGAAAGUGAAACUGUACCUGAUACUGAAACGGAGACUGCUUCUGCCGUUGCUGUCGAUUCCGCCCCCUCCCCAGCUGCUGCUGGCAUCGGAUCAGCAACACACACACCCACACACAGUCCCACAACGCCCACACCCCGGCCAACAACAUUGCCAGGCAUCCCAUCGCCCUCGCCCAGCCAAGGCUGUCGGACAACAACACCAACGCCCACAGCCGGUGACAUGAAAACGUUCAACAUUCCCCCGCAAAAGCCAUUAAAAAGUCAGACCGAGAAGGACUGCACCGUGCCGUACAACAUCAUCAAUAACUAUUUCUCUGUGGGAGUGGAUGCCGCAAUUUGUGUUAAAUUUCAUUUGGAACGUGAAAAGAAUCCUCAUAAAUUCAACAGCCGCAUGAAAAAUAAACUCUGGUAUUUUGAAUACGCCACCUCGGAAACGUUUGCCGCCUCUUGUAAAAAUCUUCAUGAGAAUAUUGAAAUAUUUUGUGAUGGUGUCUCCUUGGACUUGGCCAAUGGACCACAUUUACAGGGCAUUGCCUUACUUAACAUUCCCUAUACCCAUGGCGGAUCGAAUUUGUGGGGCGAACAUCUGUCACAGAAACGUAUACGCAAAAGUACGGGACCCUUUCGUAAGGGCAAAAAACUUAAAGCAUCCGAUAAGGAGCUGUCAACGACAAGCUUUACCUCCGGUGAUCUAUCGGUGGCCAUACAAGAUUUUGGCGAUCGCCUUAUAGAAGUUAUUGGCCUGGAGAACUGUUUGCAUAUGGGCCAGGUGCGCACUGGCUUACGUGCUUCCGGCAGAAGACUGGCCCAGUGCAGUGAGGUUAUUAUAAAGACACGCAAAACAUUUCCCAUGCAAAUUGAUGGCGAACCCUGGAUGCAACAACCCUGCACGAUUAAAGUCACCCACAAAAAUCAAGUUCCUAUGCUAAUGGCACCACGCUCCGAAAAGGGCAAAGGUUUCUUUAAUAUGCUGUGCAGUUGAUUUCGGCGUAGUGCCUCGAGCAGUGCCAUUAUGCGUGAACACUUUACUCCAGCGCCCGUAGCAGUAACAGCAAUGACGACUGCAGCCACAGCUGCCUCCAUGGCAGCAACAUCGACCACAACAACUCCAACACAUGUUACUGAAACCACCGUCCAAAGAACUCUGGAAAAGCUUUAAUUAUGCGAACGGAGAAAAUGAAAAAAAAAAAAAAAAAACAAGGGAAAGGAAAUACCAAGCUAUAAAUAAGAAGAGUGUAGAUUCCAGGAAAUCUAUUUCCAAAUUCGCUUUUUUUGGAAUAGAGUACACUCACAUGUAGUAGAAUUUUUUUUAGGCAAAUAUUAGAACAACAAAUUAUUAGACAAAAUGUGAAAAUGAGAAUUAUUAGCUGUUAAGAGAACAAAACAAAAAUGCACUUAGAGAAAUAAAAACAAAUGUUUUGGUUUUUUAAUUAAUGUAAAUUUUGAGAAAGAUUUUGAAAUGCAUAUAAAUGUGACUUGAGAAGGAAAUCAGUCGUUUUCCCAUAGGAAGUCCUGUACUUACACACAUACAUAGAUAUUAAGACAAAGUCAACAGUGCCAACGCAUCAGUCACAUCACACAUUGGCAUAUGGCUUAUUUUGAUAUGAAUUUUUCGAAUCGACAGUUCUAAAUGACCUGUCUUGAAUCGCUUCAAAUCCUAUAGGGAAAAACAGUAACAAAAACAUAAACACACACACACACACAUGUACAUACAAUGCCUUUUGUUAUUUCUAAGCUGUUGAUAUUAAUAAGUUAUUUAUUUGUUAUAUAAAAUAAAAUAUGAUUUUUUU